AUGCAAUACCUUGUCGGGAAUGGGUUGCAUCAAUAUCAACGAUGGGUGAAAAAAUAUCAGCCUGAGCUUGGAGCUCUAGUGGAAGAAUUGCCCUUGGACUCUGACAGAGCGAGGGGUGAACGAGGUCGUUUGUUUUGGAUAGGUCCUAAACGGACAGAGAAGGUUUUACUGUAUUUACCGGGCGGAGCAUACAUGUUUCAAGUGACAGAAAUGAUGCUCAAGUUUUGGAGAUACGCUCAAGUAGAAUGGGAAAGGCAAGGACUCGCAAUCGGAAUUGUGGUCUUGUCAUAUUCUGUCGGCUCAGACCCAAACGCAGCUUUCCCUGUUCAACUCUUUCAAGCUACCCAAGCUCUUAAAUAUCUCCUCUCCAUAGGUUGCAACCCUUCCAACAUCCAAAUCACAGGUGACUCUGCUGGAGGUAACCUCAUGACACAACUUCUCUCACACAUGGUCCAUCCUUUUCCUCUUCCUUCCCUGGUCCCUCCAUUAAACUUGCCUCCGGGUUCUCGUCUCCGAGGGGUAUAUAUGAUGUCUCCUUGGGUCGGUCUUUCUAACCCAGAUCAAUGGGGUCCCACAUUUCGAAUCAAGCACUACGAUGUUACAAACAUACGGGAACCGGGUGGACAAUAUGUCGACACCAUCUUCAUAGAUUUCCCUGACAAACAUUCGCAAAUCGUCCCAUAUGCCGAAUCAGUAUCCGCUCCAGAUGACUGGUUUUCUGACCUUCAGAAUUCAGUCGUAGACCGGAUACUUGUCACAGCGGGGAAAGAGGAACGACUUUUAGAUCAAAUCCAGGUGUUUUUCAAACGGAAGAUCAAGCCGUAUCAUUCUGAUGCGGUCCUUCUGGUCCAGGAUGGGGGCAUUCAUGACGAUAUGAUCAUGGAUUUUGCAGUUGCUAACGCUCCAUUAGGGAAUGAGUUGACGCCUGUUGUUUUGGAGUGGAUUGCAAAGGGGUUCAGGAUGUAG